CAUGACAGACUGGAAAGCCGCGGUUCAGGCACAGCGGCUGUGCUGGCGCGGGCAGCAGGCGCUGGAGGAUUAUUAUUAAAUCACGCCGCUCGACUCCUGCCACUGGGAGUGGACCGAAGGGACCCGACAGCCCAGAAGGGGCGGGGGACGGACAAGGAGGGGGGUCCGGAAGGACACCCAGAAGACGCCGAUCCAUGAGUGCCGGGGAGGAGCCCUAACCAGCGGCGCCAGCCCUCCAGGCUGCUAAGUGAGCUGUCACCCCGCAAGCUGGCGCGCCCCGAUGGGGGACUCUGGAUCCCGACGCUCCACGCUGGUGUCUCGAUUGCCGAUUUUCCGCAAAAGCAUCAGCCGCAGACAUGAUUCCCUGCCAUCUUCGCCUUCCUCCAGCCAGACGCCGGCGGCGGCUUCGUCGGGGGGCGUGCACAGCUCCUCCCCGUCCAGCACCAACUCCAGCUCGGGCAGCACCGGCAAGCGCAGGAGCCUCUUCCGCGCCCCGUCCAUCAGCUUCCACCACAAGAAGGCCAGCAGCAGCAGCGAGCCCAAGCCCGGCCUCAGCCUCACGUCCAAUGGCGCUCACCCCGCGGCGGGGGCCCACGUCCGCACCCCGGGUGGGGAAGAACCCCCCGAGGCCCGGGGGAGACGCCCGGGGGGGCUGGGCGGGUCCCGCCAUCAUAAGAAGAUAACCAGAUCGCGCACAGAGGACUUCGAGAGGGAGCCGCCGUCCAGCAGCAGCAACAAGAGCGUCUUCAUCCACUGUCUCAGCGCGGGCCCCAGCGAGGGCGACGACUCGGGGUUCGCCGACGACCCGGCCCCCCGGCCCCCCAAGCUGUCGGCCACCCGGAAGCUCCUCCCCAAGUCCUUUUCCUCCCACUCCAGGUUCUCCAAGGCCGGGCCCCAGACGGCGGCACCCACGUCGGACUUCUCCCUGGAAAUCGUCCAGCCUCCAGCCCCCCAGCCUGGCCCGGGCCCAGCCUCUCCAGUGGAGGCCGGAGCUCCCGAGGCUGCAGGGGGCGAGCUGCCCUCUCCCCUGCUUUCCACUGACCUGACCACCACGGCGCAGACCCCAUCGGAGUUCUGCACGGAAGACUCGGCGUCCGAGGCCGACGCGCUUCCCAAGGGUGGGUGCUGCGUGGCGUCCCCCAGCGAUGCGCCCUGCGCGCAUCAGGAUUCUACCUCUCACCCCUGCUCCGCAGCCGCUGCUCCUGUUGCUGCUACAAGGACCAUCAGCGACCUCAGACCCGGGAAGUGCCGGCUCGAAGGUCGAUGGAGCACAGACGCUCAUCCUGCCCCCGACCUAGCUGCUGCUGUGCAGAAAGAAGCGUUCCUGCAUGCACCUGCGACCCCAGGCAGGGGACCCGCGCCUCCCCGACCUGCCCCGGCCCCAAGGGAAGAAGACCUGGUGGUUGUACAAAAUGGGGAACCACUGCUCAGGACCAGCUCCCCCAAGCUCCUGGGCUGGGUGUGUGACCCACAGAAAAGCCUGGCAGAGCGAGGGAAAGGGUCUCACCCCGUCUCAGAUUCCAGGAGCAUACCCACAUCUGGUGAUGCGCAGCUGCGCCACCGCGCGCCCCACGGCUGCGAAGCCAACGCUGCGAAAGUUCUAGCCAGCAGCCUCAGUCCGUACCGCGAAGGGAGGUUUGUGGAGCGGAGACUACGAUCCUCCUCAGAAGGAACGGCUGGGGGAAGUAGAAUGAUUUUGAAGCCCAAAGAUGGAAAGACAGAGGAAGCCAACAGCUUAAGAAAGCAAAGAGCAAGCUCCUCCUCCUCCAAAAUGAACAGUCUGGAUGUGUUAAAUAACUUGGGGUCGUGCGAGCUGGAUGAAGAUGACCUGAUGCUCGAUUUAGAAUUUUUGGAGGAGCAGCAUCUUCGCCCUUCUGUAUGCCGGGAGGAUUCCUACCACUCUGUUAUGUCCUGUGCCGCGGUGGUUCUCACCCCAAUGGAGCCCAUGAUCGAAGUGAAGAAAAGAGAAGAACUAAAAUUUCCUGAGCCUUCCAAACAGAGCCUUUCCCUGAAAUUAACAAAGGAUGUUGACCAGGAAUUGAGGUGUUCUCACAUUGGGCGGAUACCCAGCAGUCCUUCUGUGGACCGGCCUCUACCAAGUGUGGAGGAGAACGGAGGCAUAGAUUCUCUACCAUUCAGGCUGAUGCUACAGGACUGCACCGCAGUGAAGACCUUAUUACUAAAGAUGAAGAGAGUUCUUCAAGAGAGUGCAGAGCUGAGCCCAGCAAACAGCAUGGCAUCCCUUCCGGUCAGUCCUCUCACUGAAGAGCCACUGCCUUUCAAGGAUAUCAUGAAAGAUGAAUGCUCAGUGCUCAAGUUACAGCUGAAAGAGAGGGAUGAACUCAUUUCCCAACUUCAAGAAGAGCUGGAAAAAGUCCAGCAUCUACAGAAGGCAUUUGCUUCAAGGGUGGAUAAAUCCACGCAGACUGAACUUCUAGGCUGUGAUGCCCUGUGGAAUCCUACAUGCACUGAAGGUUUAUUUAAACCAGUAUAUAUUUCAAGCUAGUUCAAAUAAUUAUUUGAUCCUAAGAAACGCACCUUUGACCCAUCACAUGUUAAAUACUGAGUAAAUUCUAUCAUUCCACAUGUGAACAAUUUCUCAGAAUAUGUAAUAAAAAAGUUCUAAUUCCAAA